AUGAGUCGGCAGUCCGCGUCCUCUCCAUCCUAUCCAGGACUGCCGGGACCCCAUGUCAUGAUAUCACGGUGGCCAUUUCUGCAAGUCUUGACCCAUCCACUCGGUACACACUGCCAUAUCACAACAGUGGAUGAGAAGUCCGCAUCCAAGGGUGGGCAUAUUGGGAGGCCCUCCCCGCCUAUGAGAGGGCCUAGUUCGUCCCAACUUGAGCACGUCGUGAUGCAAGAACCCCGUGGAACAUCUGCGCCUCCUGGAGAAGAUGGCCUUGAUUUCCCUCAAGUAUUGCUUUUUGGAUUGCAUCAUACAGUUGCAUCCACGUCGUCUUGA